ACUCGCUUGAUCUCUCUCUGGCCUUCUCAUCCCAAUCAACACCUUUCCUCUGCUCCCCAUUCCACACACCUCUCACGGCUUCCUUCUUCCUCACCACCGUCAAUGGCUUGCCUGGGGCUCUGUGAACAGAGCAAGUACAAGGAAGAACCAGAAGGGUUUACUCUCGAUGGAAGUGUUGAUUGGCAUGGCCGUCCGGCUAUCAGGGACAAAUCCGGAGGAUGGUUCGCCGGAAUUAUCAUACUCUUGAACCAAGGUCUGGCAACCCUAGCAUUCUUCGGGAUCGGAGUGAACUUGGUGCUGUUCCUGACUCGCGUGUUAGGCCAGAACAACGCUGACGCCGCCAACAAUGUCAGCAAGUGGACCGGAACUGUUUACAUUUUCUCCCUCGUCGGCGCUUUUGUCAGUGAUUCCUACUGGGGAAGAUACAAAACUUGCGCCGUCUUCCAGGUCAUCUUCGUCAUUGGUUUGGUGUCGCUGUCGCUGUCGUCGUACGCGUUCUUGAUCAAACCCAAAGAUUGUGGGAAUGAACAGCUUGAAUGUGGGAAGCAUUCGAGGUUAGAGAUGGGCAUGUUUUAUCUCUCCAUCUAUCUCAUAGCCUUAGGGAAUGGAGGGUAUCAACCAAACAUUGCUACGUUUGGGGCUGAUCAGUUCGAUGCAGAGCACUCCAGGGAAAGCCAUUCAAAGGUGGCUUUCUUCAGCUACUUCUACCUUGCUUUGAACCUGGGUUCACUUUUCUCGAACACCAUUCUAGUCUACUUCGAGGAUGAAGGAAUGUGGGCUCUCGGCUUCUGGGUGUCUGCCGGCUCCGCCUUCACCGCCCUAGUCUUGUUCCUUUUGGGAACCCCUAGAUACAGGCACUUCAAAGCCAGCGGAAAUCCUCUUUCCAGGUUAUGUCAAGUCCUUGUUGCCGCAUCCACCAAAUGCAGGGCUCAAAUGCCUCCCAAUGAAGAGGAGUUGUAUGACGGCGAUGCUAAGGAAUCUUCCACAACUAGCAACAGAAAGAUUCUUUAUACCCAUGGUUUUAAGUUCUUGGAUCGAGCAGCAUUUAUGUCGUCUCGAGAUUUAGAUGACCAGAAACGAGGGGUUCACAACCCCUGGCAUCUCUGUCCAAUAAGUCAAGUUGAAGAAGUGAAGUGCGUUCUGAGGCUUCUUCCGAUUUGGCUGUGCACCAUAAUAUACUCGGUGGUCUUCACACAGAUGGCUUCCCUGUUCGUGGAGCAAGGAGCGGCCAUGAAAACCACAAUCUCAAAUUUCCGAAUCCCACCAGCGAGCAUGUCUAGCUUCGACAUCCUCAGUGUGGCCAUCUUCAUAUUCCUCUACCGUCGAGUUCUCGACCCACUGGUCGGAAAGCUUAAGAAGACAAAUUCCAAGGGACUCACAGAGCUUCAGAGAAUGGGAAUUGGCCUUGUGAUAGCAAUCAUGGCAAUGGUCUCGGCCGGAAUAGUGGAGUGCUAUAGGCUUAAGUACGCAAAUCAGGGCUGCACACACUGUGACGGAACCAGCUCUCUAAGCAUCUUCUGGCAAAUACCUCAGUACGCUUUCAUAGGAGCUUCCGAAGUGUUUAUGUAUGUCGGACAGUUGGAAUUCUUCAAUGCUCAGACGCCAGAUGGGUUAAAGAGCUUUGGGAGUGCACUGUGCAUGACAUCGAUCUCUCUGGGCAACUAUGUGAGUAGCUUGCUGGUGAGUAUGGUUAUGAAGAUUUCGACUGAAGAUCACAUGCCUGGGUGGAUACCGGGAAAUCUCAACAAAGGCCACUUGGAUAGGUUUUACUUCCUCUUGGCUGCUUUGACCUCCAUAGACUUAGUGGUGUAUAUUGCCACUGCGAGGUGGUAUAAGUGUAUACAGCUGAAAGGGAAAUAUGAAGAGAAUGAUGAAUCUGGCAGCCUCAGUGUCUGACUUCAAAGGACGAAAACAGAUAAAUAAAUAAGAGGAAGAAUGGAGCCUCUAGUCACAAUAUCUUCGGUUGCAUAUGGUAACAACUGUUUUAAAAGGAAAUUUCUCUGGUUUGGUAAGAGAAGCCCUUUUUCCCCGAGCCUCUUCUAUACUACUACCAUCUUACCAUUCUUAUGACCCCUAACUGUAAUUUUCAGUUUAUCUUUCUCGGUGCUGGUUUGUGUAUUUGGGUUCAACCAAAACUUCCAAGAGGCAAUGACUGUUUUAGGGUCUCUUUAAACAUCCCUUCUUCCUCAUCUGUUUGUUCCAUCGCCAGAGUAUAUUGUGAUAUGUACAAGUGAUUUCCGAGUCUCAAAACUUUUUUUUU